AUGUGGAGAGUUCAAGGAUUGUUGGGAAGAGUUUUACAUCGAUAUCAUGCCAGUGGCCCCCUGCGUCUGCCCCAGAACCACCAUGUGGAGGAUGAAGUUCUCAACACAUCAUCUCUACUGCCCAACUCAAGACAGUCCUCGGACAGCAGUUCCCAGAGACAAGAAGACGGCGAGAGGAGGAGGAAACAGAGGACAUCGCACUUUUCAUUUGCAAAUCUCCCACGAUACACCGCUCUAGAUGCAGUGGGAUGGGGGGCAGCAGCUGUCUUGUUCAUGCAGGUGUGCAGGAGGAUCCACUCCCAGUUCUCCACUGGGUCCGACCAUCGUCCCACAAAAGGAGCCCUGACCGAAGCCUCCACCUUGCACAAAUGUGGCUAUCGCAUCUUGCUUGAAACAUUGGUGAGGCGUGAUGUCCUGCCCAGAGGAAGACGUGUUUUAUGUGUGAAGGGGGUCCCAGAAACACGAACCCCAGAUCAGUCCGUCCAUCAGAGCAGCAGCAUUGAAGAUAGUUCGCUCAGUUACAAUCAUGAAGACAGCCUAUCCGCAAGUCCCAGUCCUGAGCACCACAGGCCACUCUCAGACUGUGAUUCCUCUUCAUUUGAGGAUUCUUUGCUUUCACCUUUGGAUGAUGUUACUAAGCACUAUAAGACUGAAACUACACACGUCAAUGGCCAAAAUGUUUUAUCAGAAGACGAGAAGCUUGAAGAAGCCGCUCACAACCUCGGACAUGUGGGAGACUCCAGUGUGCCUGUUAUCCUGAAUAUUAUUGGUUUACAAAAUGCCAACAGUGACAAUUAUGAGGAGGCAUUUACCUGCUUUCUGGCCGCAGCUCAUCUGGGUUACCCUAAAGCCCAGUUUAACAUCGGCGUUUGUUAUGAGAAAGGUCGAGGAGUCAGCCGGGACCUGGAGAAAGCAAUACAUUACUAUAGACAAGCAGCAGCUAAUGGCCACGCACAAGCCCAGUAUCGCUGUGCAAAGUUGCUUCUGAGCAGUAGGACGCAUCUCAGUGACGACGAGCUGAAGACUGCGACUGACCUUCUAGAGAAAGCUUUUGCUGCUGGAAUAACCAAGGCUCAGAAGUGCCUCGCCUCUGUUUAUUCCCGUACACCUGCAAUCAAGUCUGUGCAGGACCUGAAGAUGGCAGCAGAGAGUGGAGACAACACUGCUCUGCUCUUUCUGGGUCAGUGUUACAGAAAAGGCCUCGGCGUUCCCCAGAAUCUAAACAAAGCAGUUGAUUUCUACAUACAAGCAACUAAAGUGGACAACAAGCAGGAGAGGAGCCUGAAGCAGUCCAACAGUCACAAAGACACCAACACACAAGAUGUCUUAUUGCGCUCUAUCCGCUCAGCUCCCUGUUUUCAACGGCCGCUUUUAUCUUUGGGCAUCAGUCACUCGCUCUCCUCCAGGGAGGCCCUCAUACCCCACUCCUGGAGCACCAACAGCCUGUGUGUGCCCCCCACUGUGCCCCCCCUCCUUCCUCAGAGUAAAGCAGGAGGCACCUGUAAAUGGACCCUGGGGAUUGGGUAG